AUGGCUCUCCUGGCGCUGCUGGCCCUCGGCCUGGCCCUGCCCUGCGCCCGCGGCGCCUGGACCGAGGCGAACACGGCCUGCGCCACCCGGGCCACCGGCGGCCGCUCCCGCCUGCUGAGCUUCCUCUGGCUGCGCCCCGACGGCGCCCCGGCCGUGCUGGUGCAGAGCCUCUGGGACCGGCGCGGCGGGCAGCUGCUGGAGUGCGCCUGGCGGGCCGAGCCGGCGCUGACCCGCCGCUACCUGGAGCUCUGCGCCCCGGGACGCCUCCGCGGGCCCCUGGUCCGCGCCUCCUGGGGCCCGCGCCUGCGGGAGGAGCUGGCCGCCUUGGAAGCGCGCCAGGGCGGCUGCAAGGGAGCCCCGGCCGCGGCCAGCCUCCAACCGGCGGGCUGGCGGGAAGCGCAGGCGCGCCCGCGCAGCCGGCGGGGCUUGACGGUUCCCGGGACGCUUUGGUGCGGAGCCGGGCACUCGGCUGAGACCCCCUCCGAGCUGGGGGUUUUCCAAGGCCCAGACGUGUGCUGUCGUGAGCACGACACGUGCGAUGCUCACAUCUCAGCUCUGGGAUUCAAGUACGGCAUCCGCAACUUUCACCUGCACACCAUUUCUCACUGCAGCUGUGACAACAGGUUCAGAGACUGCUUGAAGAACCUCAACGACACCAUCUCCAACUUCAUUGGGAACAGCUUCUUCAACCUGCUGGAAAUCCCGUGUUUCUAUCUGAAAGAGAGCGAGGAUUGCCUUGAGUGGCACUGGUGGGGCGGGUGUAAGAAGUAUGGCCUGAUGCCGCUGGCUCAGUUGGUGGAGCCAAAUCCCUAUCAGCCCAUCGAGAACCCCGACGGUACCACGUCUCCUUCCCAGCCUAGAAGGCAUCGGAAGCCCAGCUUGAAAGACAGAAAAGGGCGGAGGAAACAAGCCAAAAAGAUGAAGAAGCUGAGUCCCACCACCCAGGGUCCCAUCACCCCACUGCCCCCAAUCUCCAAGCCGAAUCAUGCCACUCACAUCCUGGGAACAAGCUCCCCAGGUGAGGAGACCAUGCCGGGGUCACCUGCCCGUAAAACUACGCUGGAGCCUGAUCCCUGGAAGACGGACAGUGGGAUUCUCACCACCCAUCACCCAGUAGUCCUUCCUGUGGAAGAAAGCUUCUCCAACAAGACUUGGCAGGGAGAGAGGGCCUUUGCUGGCCAGGCCUCUAAGCCAAGACCAGCCCUGUCACGGAGGUGCCGCUGCUACCAACGGCUGGAUCAGUGCCCCUUCCAAAUUGGCCCCAAUGAGUUCAAGUACCAGCUCCACAACUCAGAUGGUCGCACUCUCUUCCACUGCAACUGCACCCGCCGGUUGGCCCGGUUCCUGCGCAGGACGAAGGGUCCCAACGAGGUGGAAGAGCAAGUCCUGUCCAACUACAUCUCCCCUUCCUGUUUUGUCCUGGAAAACCUCCCAGGCUGUAGGGAGGGAGACGAAAGCUGGCCCAACUGCAUCGGCGUUGGCAACGCCAUCCUGGCCCCGGCUCGCCACCUCACCAACUGGCUGGUGGGCCAACGGCCGAGGGCCUCUUUCAAAGUGAAGCGCCAGGGAGGGGUUCCCCUUGAGGAGGGAGCCCCCCAGCUGUUCGAUAAGUGUGUGCAGCUGGUGCGAGCCGCUCUCCGGCCAGCGCCACGCUGAGCGAGGGCAGCCUUUGUUCCUGCACACACGCGUGUGCGAGAGGGCCAAGCCCAGGAAGUGAACGCGGCAAAACUCAGCCAUUCCCCUCCACGUCGUUCCCUGCCUUUGAGCAGGUGUCCGGUGUGGAAGACACAACUGCUGGUGUGAACAAGAAGAGGGUACCCUCUGGAGAUCAUCCAUGGCGCAAUACCAGCUGCCCUCCGCCUGCUGCAAGGAACUGGCCUCGGAGGCCCUGGACUCACAAACUCUGGGCCACGGGUGCUUUGGAGCUGGGUGAUGGUGCUGAGCCCCAAGCCAAGGGACGGGGAGAGGUGAGGGGGUGACGUCCAGGCUUCACCUCUGCAAGCAGACGGUCUGAAUAGGACUCCUUGCUGCGAGAGGCAGGGGUCCCCCACCC